ACAAACCUGUCUUUUUUUCUUCGAAUGUGACCUACCAAAUUAGAAUUAUCGCCGGGUAUGUACUAACAUGAGCAACACGACGGGUACCACAUGUGGAUCAGGAUUUGCUCACCCUUCCAGAGCACCUGCGAUCACCCCGGUUUUUGGAGGGGUUCGUGUUGUUCAGUUUUUAGUUUCUAUGUUGUGUUUUGUAUACUGUUGUUUGUCUUUUGGUCGUUUUUCGUGCCACGGCGUUGUCAGUUUGUUUCGACUUUUGAGUUUGAAUGUCCCUUUGGUAUCUUUCGUCUUUCUUUGCAGAGAAGAUCAAUACUAGACACUCGAGGGAUUAACGUAUUGUAACUAUAUAGGCUAUCAAAGAUUUUGAAGUGUAAUGUAUUCACUAAAACAAGUAUAACACCGUCAUUCAUACAUGUGCUUGUUCUUAUAGCAUUUUGCUUAUUUUCUCCUGGAUAUCUACAAAAUAUGUUUUGAUGUGUGGUUACCUAUACUGGAGUGGUUUUACAACUGGUUACAUGAACAGUUCCAUGUGUAGGGAGAGCUGCAAUUGUUAUAUCUGUGGUGUAUCUACACGCACUCUUUUAAACUUUAUUGAAAGAUCACGUAUCUGUAAAAAUAAAAUAAAAGCACGUUGUGUAUUUAAAGUCCAAAAAGAAUAAAAAAAAAGCAUGCUCUAGAAUAAACAAAGUAAAUCCUGUUUUCCGAUUAAAAAGACCACAAGAAUAAAGGACGGAAUACAAUUGUAUUACGUUUAUGUGACGAAAAUGAAGAAAGAAAAACAGUUUAUUGAUAUGAACAUUUAAAUAACAAAUAUCUUAAACAUACAUAAUUCAAUAUGUUCAGAAAGUUUAUUCUAACUUUUUAGACAAUUUGAUAAAAUUUAUAUUUGUACAAUAAAUCGGUUUAAUAAAAGGUAAAAGGUACACAAUCGCCUACUGAAAAUGUUCUCUGUUCACAUAAAUUAUGUUUACAAUUGGUAACAAUAAAACAGAAUUAUCAAACAAUCCAGUACCUAGUAGCUUAUACAUGUUUCAUUUCAAUAUUUUCGCUCUGUAAAGUUGUUACUUUUAUCAUUAUUACAAAUAACACUUAAUUAUAUUGUUUUACUUUGAUAUUGAAUUCUAAUAUUUUGAGAGUAUUUCCCUAAAUGGGAGCUAUUGAAUUCAGUAAUUUAUCAGAAUAUCCAGCAUUUUGUGUUGACGAAUUCCCAGAGGAUAUUUAUUCGUAAAUUAUAUAUUGAUGCUAGUAAAGUUUCAUAUUUUAAACAAUGAUAUACUAAAUACGUCAAUUUCAUACAACUAUAAGUGAAUACUUUCUAAAAUGGAUGACUGGGAUAUUGAAGACGAUUUAGAUGAGUUGUUACCGCAAGGGAAAUCACCAAUAGCAUUAUGCAGAUCAAAAGAAAUGCGGAACUUGCUUGCAGGUUUUGCUCAGAGUACGCAAGGUGGUCUUAGAGAGAUUCAGUUACAAACAGUUGACAUGCAAGGUGGCACCAAAACUUUUUGUGAUCGCCUCGAUCUCCUGAUAGACUAUACAGAUGCUUCACCUGACGACCAAUUUUCUGUAAUGUGCCGGAAGCAAGCUAUUGACUAUUCUGACGAGGACUUCGGACUCACGGAUAGGGACGAAAUUUUUAGUGAUGUCGUUAACUACAGGUUAGGUCGGAAAGGUCGACAAACUACAGCUACUCUCACUGUACCAAUAUUUGGUGAACUUGAGAUAAAAGAAGAGCUUGUGUUGAAAGGGAAUCGUGGCUAUUCUGCUCCGAUAACUUCACUAAAAAACGAAGGACAGAAAUAUUAUGGUAUCGUCACGAUUGAUAUGUCAUCACUUGAUGCUUUCGUUGUUGUGAGUCGUCCAAUCAAAGAAAUUUUCAAUGUAGAUUCGACAGCUGUUGUCCUCAGGUCAAAGGUUAACCCAGGCGUACAACUAGUCAUUCCUCCUGAAACAUUUGAAGAAAGAACGCAAUUGACUUUAGAAAUAACAGAUUCACCUAACCCUGAACUUUUUGCAACAACUCAUAUGGAAAAUGUUUAUUCGUGCACAUGUUUUUGUAGUGUUCAUACGGAAAACAAAGCUGGACCAAAAAAUGACGUCAUAUUUCGUUUUCCAUUACCAGAAGAAUAUGGCCAAGGUGGUCAACUGUAUGCAUUUCAAUCUAAUGUUUAUGAAAUAGGAGAUGUCAGUGUGGACAGUUGGACAGCAUUAAAUACAAAUGUUAAUGUUUCUAACAAACUUGUAGAAUUUUCUUCACGGACAUUUUCAGUCAAAGCAUGUGUGGAAACGAAGAAGGGAAUCGAUCCUUCAACAUUAACAGAUAAGGUACACAUCGCAUUUGAAAAAGCAAAAAAACGAGAAUAUACUGUUAUGUUUUUAGUCAUGUCAAAACGCAUUGGCAAUGGAAAUACUUUUACCAUUAUUGUUGAGUGUACCAAAGUUGAAAAUGCAGAAAGUCGAAAAGAGUAUUGGUUAGAGGAAGGAUAUACUGAUCAAAAACCUACGCAAUCUUCAUGGUUUAAUGCUUAUUCCAGAUACAAAUAUAGAUGUAAACUUAGCAAGUCAUUUCAAAAUCUCCUUGUUAACGAUUCUGACGAAGUUUAUCUGCAGUUCCAUGCAAGAAGGAUAAAUUACCAAUGUUUUACUCUGCAAAUGGCAGAAAACUUUGACGAAGCUAAAGGUGAUUUACAGAUAUUUUCUGUUAAAUCAACAAAGUCACGAGAUGAAAAUAAAGAUCUGUCCAUUCGAACGGAGAAACCUGAUAAAACACAGCCAGACAAACCAUUAGCAUCUAUUUCCAUUCAACUAUUUCGAAAUGUUAAACCAACACUCAUAACUCCAAAUAUCCCUCCAAUGUCUCCUACCAUGGAUGAUUUUAGAUCGCCAACUAGGACAACCAUGACACCAGUAGAUGUUACACCAACAAUGUCUAAAAUGAACAACAUGAAAGGUGUCAACUUUAAAGAGGAGGCAAAGGGGGAUCCAUCCUGGAAAGGUUUUACAAAUGACUCGUUUUUACAUGGACUAUUAGAUCAAUUGGAUGAAGAAUGGUAUAAGCUAGUUGUGUUAUUGGGAAUUCCUUAUAAGGAAGUGGAUACGGUACUUCAUAUGACAGAAGCUACGCAAGACCAAAAAAUAUAUCAUUUUUUAUUACGAUGGAGAGAUAGUAGUAGAGCAAGAGACGACCUCGGAAUGGCAAAUCUAAUAACUGCUGUGUCAAAAGGAGGCCGGCGAGAUAUAUGCACAUCAAUUUUGCUUGAUAUGAAACAAUGGUAUGAAAAUGACGGUAACAAGAAAACAAAAUUUUGGCGCUGGGUAAACAAAGCUUUUACAGAUCCUGACAUAUACAACCCCGGAGAUUAUCCACCACCCAUGUCUGAUCAAUUCUUGGUACUGUUGACUCAGUCGAUAGAAAAUCCAAAUUUUGAAGUAGGCGUGUCUCUCGGGAUGUCUAGAGUUGACACUAACAACAUACUGGAGGAUAAAUUGAUGGCCACUGAAGAACAUAAGUUACUGGCGAUUUUUGUUGAAGCAAGAGAUAAGAAAUCAUCAAAAAGUGAGGCUUUACGGAGUUUUGUUAAUGCUAUGGGUGAGGUAGAAAUGUUAGUUGGAAAGAAAUGGGUAAUAAUGGCAGCAGAAAACUGGCUUGAAGCAAACAAGAAAAAUGAUGAUCCUUUUGUCAAAGAAGUGGAGUCAGUUUUGCGGCCUAUGCACUUGAUCAGUUGACUAUUUGUAUUAGAAAAAAAUUAAUAAAGAUAUUUUUAAUUGAAAUAAAUUUCAAUAUGUUUUGUCUCAUAAGUAAAGCAGUGAUUUGAUAUCCAAGGAAUGUAUACGCUUCUUGUGUGUGUGUUUUCAAAAUGAUAUUCAUUUGCUCCAAUCUUAGACUUUUUUUAUUUUCCUUUUGUAAAAUCUAAAAUUGAACUUAUACGUUAAGGUAAAACUCAUUAAAAAUAGAGAUACAAACCUCAUUUUGACUGUGCAAGUCAAAUGAACUUCUCCCGACCAAAGAUGGAGGCGAUUUUAGCGUAAAUACACACUACUGAUUUUUACCAUUUAAAUAUUUCAUCUGGUUGAAGUGACAUGUCGUCAAACCAUAUUAAAAUUUUCAUCCGGUAUUUCAGUGCUCUCACUGACUUUGCUUUUCAAUUUUUGUCGUCUCAUGACAAUAGCAACUGCACUUAAAAUUCAAAAUAACACCACAGCUACGAAACCAAAAUCGAUAAGGAUAGCACUUGUUAUGAGGAAUGUGUUAUUGGAAUCAUUUAACACGAUUUCAACUACAGUAUUUUUGUUGCAUAAGUAUAUACCGUUCAUGAGAGCAUCGAUGGAAACGUUUUAAGGUCUUAUAUUGUAGACAAGACGAGGGAUGUAUCAAGGAAUGAACGAGAUUGAUGAUACGGUAGUACUUGAAGUAAUUAGACAACUUUCAUUUAUGUUUAGAUUGUUCAACAAUGUGCCUUGUAAUUUUUGAGGCGUCUCACAUUUUCCAAUCAGAUUAAGUCUCGGCAUGCUGUCUCUUUUCAACAUUUGAGGUCCGUCAAAAUGAACAGGAGUAUCAAUUAAUGACAUAAAUACAAGUGUUUUCUAAUUAUUAUUUUCUUUACUUUUUGUUUGCUUAUGAACUGUUGAUGUAUAGUAUAGUUUUUCAAUAUAACAUUGUAUAGAUUACUGUUCAAUUCUUUAUUCUAAAAUUACAAAUAAUGUUAAAUCAAUUAGUUCUAUUAAGCUGUUUUUGUGUACUGUCCUAAAUUAUUUUAGUUAUUCGUUGUUAUUCUUUGGUUAACAUGUCGAAAUGUACUAUUAUAUUAUUUAUUUAUGUA